UUUCUUUAUAAUUAAUAGUAGUAUUUGUAUAACUGUUUAAAUCAACGUGUCAGUUUUACAUGUUUUACAUAAUGAAAUGUUUGAGUUCUCUAAUCUUUCUCUUGGCUAUAAGCCAUGUUCUAGCGGGGAAGUAUAUAUUUGAAUUCGGCCAAGAUUUUGGUGACGUGAUAUAUCAGUACGACGGAAUUAUUCCAUUAUUUCAGCCAGUGACGAUACACAAUAUACCCGUUCCAAACGAUGUGCGGGUUACGUAUGUAAUGGUGAAAGUUGAUGCUAUUUCCACACCCAAAGUUGAUUAUUUGUCAGAGACCAAUCAAGUUUCUCUUACCUAUAGCUGGACCCAGUUAAGUCUUUCUCGUUACUCUAUACUUGUUAAAGGCAUUUAAAAAAAUUAGGGUUUUUAACAAAAUAUAUUCGACGUUUUAAAAAAUA